CUGUAGCACCAAUAUAAUAUAUGCGGCCACCAAUGCAUGAAACUUUUCCACAUAAAUAUGAAUUAAUUAGCAGAUAACAUAGAAUCACACUGCAAAGAGCCCACCAAAACACCGCAUUAUAAAAAACACCCACCAUCUUUCGCGGGCGCCAAACCAAAUAUACAAAAAAAAAAUCUCAACAACAUCAACGGUGUAGCGAAUAGCGUUCAACCCUUGUAGCAUUGAUUCAUCAUGGUAUAGGCACCAAGAAUGGAAAUAAAAGCAAUGGAGUAACCUUUUGUAGUAUGUUCCGGCCAGGUUGAGCAUGCAGCUAGCUAGAAGGUAGUUGUAAUCAUUACGGCGGCAAUGUAGCACUCACUCAAAACUGGAUGGGAUGGGAUGGGAUCCCUUCCCUUGGUCGCCACAUUACGGCUCAUCUCAUCAUGACUACUAGCUUCAACGAAGCAAAUUAAGCAACCAUAGCUAACAACAAUGCUGACUGCUUGAAUAGAUUAGAUAAGCUCCUUCUGAAUUGAUUAAUCUACCCAUUUUUCCUUGUGAAUUACUACUACUAGGAUAGCAAGUGCGUACGUAGCGUAGUAGUCAUAAGAAAGAAGCAAAGCCAGAUCGAGAUCAUGCAAGCCAUGCCCUGGUGCCCAUGAUAAUGAGGAGCCGUGCAAGCACAAGCAGAAGCAGGGGUGGAGGAGGAGUGAAGUACUGUGGCCUAUGCCCAGCGGCCAUCGCCUCUGUUCUUCUCGCCAUCUUGCUUGCCUCCACCACACACCUCCCUGCUUCGCCCUCCGAUCCUCUGGUACACGGCCGCCGCCGGCGGAGGCAGUGCGACGAGGAGGCCAGAUGGGUGGCCGGCAUCGCGUCCCAGCUCAACGCCGCCCUCGUCCUGACCGUCGACCACCUCGGCUGCGGCAACUUCAGCAGCGUGCAGAAGGCGGUGGACGCGGUGCCUGACCACGGCGCGGCCGGCGGGCGUACGCUGCUGGCCGUGGGCGCCGGCAUCUUCCGGGAGAAGGUGGUGGUGUGGGGCAACAAGACGGGCGUGACGCUGCACGGCCGCGGCAACCUCAACAGCACCGUGGCGUGGAACGACACCGCCGGUUCCAGCGGCGGCAGCACCCCGUCCAGCGCCACCUUCACCGUCCUCGCUGCCGGCUUCGUCGCCUACAACAUCAGCUUUCAGAACACGGCGCCUCCGGCGGACCCUGGCGCCAGCGGAGGGCAGGCGGUGGCGCUGCGCGUGGCUGGCGACCAGGCGGCGUUCCACUGGUGCGGCGUCUACGGCGCGCAGGACACGCUGCUGGACGAGCAGGGGCGGCACCUCUUCCGCGGCUGCUACGUCGAGGGCUCCAUCGACUUCAUCUUCGGCAACGCCCGGUCGCUCUACCUCAACUGCACAAUCAGCUCCGUCGCGGCGUCCACCGGCAAUGGCGGCGGCGUGACGGGGAGCAUCACGGCGCAGGGUCGCGGGUCGGCGUCGGAGAAAACGGGGUUCGCGUUCGUGGGGUGCAGCGUGGUGGGGACGGGGAAGGUGUGGCUGGGGCGGGCGUGGGGCCCCUACGCCACGGUGGUGUUCGCGAGGACGUACCUCGCCGCCGGCGUCGUGGCGCCGGAGGGGUGGAACGACUGGAACGAUCCGGCCAGGCGCCAGACGGUGUUCUUCGGGGAGUACGAGAGCACGGGGCCCGGGGCGUGCAGGGAUGGGAGGGUGCCGUACGCGCGGCAGCUAGAUCGCCGGCAGGCCGCGCCCUUCAUGGACGUCUCCUACAUCGACGGCGACCAGUGGGCGGUGCCGCCACUGCCAGUAGUACUAGCGCUGCCGCGGCAGCACGGCGGAGACGAUUCAGAUCAUGCACCACGGGGAGAAGUAAUGUAGCUCAAAAAUGCUAGACAUAUAAAGACUUACACGCUUUUACACGCUCCUUUCAGCUAACAACCAAUCACAAACCUCUCCCCCCCUGAUUUUCAGGGGGUGGCCGCCCCGCUCACCUAUUGACCAAUCAAGGUUAACCAUCCUGUAAAAGCCUGUAAAUUGUUUGUACGUGUAGCAUUGCCGAAUGUAGCUGCAUGUGCAAGAUUUAGCAUCUCUUUUGCCCUUUUGGGGGGUUCGAUUACGUUUUCUGAUGUUAAGUUUUUUCUUUUCGAAAUGGGACAACCGCAGAUCAUAGGUUCCACUUCGGAAAAACAAUAAUCCCUCGUGUUCAUAUUAAUUGUCGCUAAUUUUUUUUACGGAAAAAUUUCGGUCUAUUCAUCUUCAAUCAUAAUAGUAUAACGAAUAACAGAAAUAAUAAAAAUUACAUCCAUAUCCGUAGAUCACCUAGCCAUGACUACAGGCCUGAAGCGAGCUGAAGGCAAUGCCGUCAUUGCCCCUUCUUUGCCGGCGCCGAGCAAAAUUUAUUGUAGUCGACAGUCGAGAAAUCGUCGUGUUAAGACCACAUAGGACCAACGCAUCAGAACAUCAACCGUCGCAGAUGAAAAGUGGUAUAGAUCACUGAUUUAGUAC